UUGUUCAGUUCAGUCUGCGUUUGAGCAGCUCCCUGGCUGCUAAUAAAUAUGCGCCAGGUCGUGACAGUGGCGUGAAGUCUGUAGUAAACUUAUGCUGUAAUAUUAUUCUUGAGACUGUGGCAGAGUUGUGGUACUGCAUGGGAGAGUGUAUUCACGGAGGUAGUAGUGAAUCCGUGGGAGAGAGAGUGUGGGCGUGGUCGCAGAAGGAAAGUUGUGAGAAGGGCGGACGAGGGCAGCAGCGAAUACCCGUGACCGGAGGAAGCCGUGGCGCGAGCCACGCAGCUGUUGCAGUGGAUGGGAUCCACGGCAGCAAAAGGGACGGAAAGGCCGAUCCCUUGGCAGAAAGGGGAAGCCAUUCCGUGAGACGGAUGGAGCACCCAGGCCAGUGUGACGACCUGUGGGAAGGUCAGUGGAGCCGGUCAGUGGGCGGAGGUGCCAGUGGUAUGAACUGUGGCUACGCCCGUCCCGCCGAGAAUUUCUGUGCAUGAAGAGCGAGCGCCCUGCCCAGCGGGAGUGUCCUGCGGUGAGAACAGGAUGGAACCCCGCGAACUGCGUGUGUGGACCAGUGUGGUGAAUGGUGAGCGAGGACGGCGAGCGCCGUCUGAGUGAAAGCGAAGCACAGAGUGACGCUGACGGUGGAUGUUGUACCAUGUGCCCCACGUGUGGUGUGAGUGAAGGUGAGAAUGAGCGAGACCCGGCCGAGUGAGAAAGCGUCCGAGUGUGGCCCAGAGAGAGUGCACGAGCGGAUUGACGCCGAACCGAAGGUCGUGGAAUUAAGUACGAUCGGAACGUUCGAAAAGGUCAUGGAGCGUGUUGUCGUCGCUCUGCAAGUCAUGGUGUAUGUGGAUUCAGAAACCGUUGCUACGCGAAGCAGCUUAAUAUAGCGUUCCGUGAACUGUGAAUGAAUUUGAAUUUUGCCGAGUAUUGUGAUAACAUUGUGGUUAUUCAACCUAUUCCUGUGAAUUUUUCAUGGCGAGUUCAGAACGUUUUUUUUGUUGUUUUUUUUAUAAGAUGGAAAGGUGUAGCGUAGUGACAUGGCAACAGAGUUGCCAUGUCUGAGUCUGUCAGUAAUUGUUCAGUUCAGUCUGCGUUUGAGCAGCUCCCUGGCUGCUAAUAAAUAUGCGCCAGGUCGUGACACAUACCUAUCUACGAGAUUUAAGUGCCAAAAGCGUCUCUUGCGGAACGGCAGCUGUUGCUGGUUACUAUGUGAUGGUACUCAACAAAUCCAACAAGUCAAGUGAAAACCUGUUGAUGGAGCUGACUCGCUUUGCCUAUCAGAUCAGCCGUGGAAUGGAGUUUCUAUCAUCCAUGAAUGUAAUUCACCGGGAUUUAGCCGCUAGGAAUAUUUUGCUGAACUCGCGGAAAACAGCGAAAGUUGCUGAUUUUGGAAUGGCCAAAACCCAACCGGAAUAUAUACUGGAACGGCAGCUGGUUCCUCUACCGGUUUGUUGGAUGGCUCCUGAAGCCAUAAUUCCCGGCCGCGGAGUAUUUACCACAGCCGGCGAUGUGUGGUCCUUCGGUGUCGUACUGUGGGAAAUUUUUACUCUGGCACAAACGCCCUAUGUAUCUGAGUUCCCGAAAGGAGUACUUUUUGAACAGCUGUGUAAUUUUCUUCGAGAAGGUCACAGACUGGAAUUACCAGCUAUUUGUCCGCAUCCAGUACGUUCUGUUGCGAAGGAAUGCUGGAAUUUUAAACCAGAAGAUCGACCAGAUUUUGCUGAAAUCAGUCGGAUUCUUGAACAUCUGAUGCGGCGGAAGGACGAGAUCAAUAUGUUUCUUUCGCUAUGGAGAACACCGAGCGGAAUAUGAUGGAAAAAUAGUGGCCGCAAGAUCAAACCUUUAAAAUCCGAAUUCUGUACAGAUUUCAUCAAGCGAUUAUUAUGGCGUUCUACAAGCGUCACAUCGACCACCUUCAAAUGGGUUUCUUCCAGUCAUUUUAAGGAACAGCUGCGUUCUAGCACAAUUUUUUGACGCUUGAAUGGUCUAUGUAUAGCGCAUAGUGCUAAAUUUUAUUUAUCUUAAUUUAUCACUGUUUACGGUGUAACAGUGCUACUUGCACGUGUUUUAAAAGGCAAUAAUAAUUAUAACAAAUAUUAUUAUUUUCAGUGGAUUCAAUCACCUUUUUGUUUGAGUCUUGACCAACCACUUAUAAAA